CACAGAGUAAUAUGGACGUGGAUAUGGCAUCAUCGUCAACGCCAACCAUGCGUUCGGCAAUUUCCGCCCCUCGCGCUGAAGCUGCUCCAAUAGCAGCACCCCGGACCAACACUGCACCGGCAGCGCCUCGAACAACAACAGGCUCCACCGCGACAACGGCUCCGCGUCAAAGCACGCCAGCAUUACCAGCGAAUUUGCAACUCAUUCGUUGUCCUUUAUGCCGCCGCCCUCAUCGGCUAUCGCACUGCGGUAUAUUCAAAGGCAUGCCGCCGAUGCAACGCCAGCAGGUGGCACAGGCGCACGGGUAUUGCCUGAAUUGUCUGGCAACUUCCCACGCAACUCAGGAGUGCCCAUCACCUAAUCGUUGCCAAAUCUGUGUGCGGGCUCAUCAUACGAUGCUGCAUCGCAUUCCCAGACGCGACCCCCGGCGCCCACCGGCUCCUCGCACCAGUGGUAACGUCAGGCGUUCCCAAAGGACUCCUGUGACGGCAUACCGCCGCCGCGGACCCUCUGCAGCAGAAUCCCGUCCUUGGCGCCAUAACCAGGCAGCAUCAACACGACGCCAUCAGCUUAGGCCGCAAUCCCGCCGGUCAACAGGUCUCAGCAGCGUGGUAGCAACGCUCCAGCAGCUACAGCGGCUUCUAGGCUAA